CGGGAGAAAGGGUUCCGAUGAGGCUCACUGCGCCGGCGUGCAGGCGCGAGCGGUCAAAGCGCCUUCCGGAGGCCGUCGAGUUGCGCUCUUUUCCCGGUCUGCCGCUCUCGGAGUACUGAAGAGCGAGAUUCAAAGAGGCCUUCAACACUAGAGUGUUUUCUACACUCUGACUCCCCCCACAUCGGUGCCCCACCACUUCUGCGCUUGCCCUUUGACCCUGCGCCCGCGGCGGGGUGAGAGGUCGGUGGCCAUCUUGUGGCGGCUGUGCGGGUGGCUGUUACUGCGGAGACCCAUCCCCUCCCCCUCCGGGCCCCCCGGCCGUCUGUCAGUCCGUAAAGAGUCCCGCAGCGGGUGGAGUGAGGCCCCGGCCUCGUGCCGUCACUCUUGUCGCCGCACUGGGCGGCCUAGGCCGCUCCCUGCCGGGCCUCGCCGCCGCCACCAUGUCCUCCUUCUCCGAGUCGGCGCUGGAGAAGAAGCUCUCGGAGCUGAGCAACUCUCAGCAGAGCGUGCAGACCCUCUCCCUGUGGCUCAUCCACCACCGCAAGCACGCGGGACCCAUCGUCUCGGUGUGGCAUCGCGAGCUCCGCAAAGCCAAAUCAAAUAGAAAGCUUACUUUUCUGUACUUAGCCAACGAUGUCAUUCAGAACAGUAAAAGGAAAGGACCUGAAUUCACAAGGGAAUUUGAAUCUGUCCUUGUGGAUGCUUUUUCUCACGUUGCCAGAGAGGCAGAUGAAGGCUGUAAAAAACCUUUAGAAAGAUUGCUGAACAUCUGGCAAGAAAGAAGUGUGUAUGGCGGCGAGUUCAUCCAGCAGCUGAAGCUGUCUAUGGAGGACUCCAAGAGCCCUCCCCCCAAAGCAACAGAGGAGAAGAAAUCUCUGAAGCGAACUUUUCAGCAAAUACAAGAGGAGGAGGAUGACGACUAUCCUGGAAGCUACUCUCCCCAAGAUCCUUCUGCAGGACCCCUCUUGACUGAGGAGCUGAUCAAAGCUUUGCAGGACCUAGAAAAUGCUGCAUCAGGGGAUGCUACUGUCCGACAGAAAAUUGCUUCUUUACCCCAGGAAGUGCAAGACGUUUCUCUUUUGGAAAAAAUAACAGACAAAGAGGCAGCUGAACGUCUUUCAAAAACAGUAGAUGAAGCAUGUCUGUUACUAGCCGAAUAUAAUGGGCGCUUGGCGGCGGAGCUGGAAGACCGACGCCAGCUGGCUCGGAUGUUGGUGGAGUACACCCAGAACCAGAAAGACGUUUUGUCAGAAAAGGAGAAAAAACUGGAAAAACACCGAAGAGGGUGAAAAAAGAAAAAAGUCGAGCCCCAAAGGAGCCAUAAACCACAGGCGUCCUCUGGCCUAGAGUUGUUACCCAAGACCUUUUACCUGGGAGCUGAGGAAAGAGAAGAGUAUAUUCAGUUCCUGUCAUCAAGGAAGUCGUAUUUUAGAGGAACGCAGAACUCUGACAUGUGGAGAGAGCACCUAAGAGCAGUCCAUUAGGGGCGCGGCGCCCAGGAAGCCAGCGGAGAUGGGGACCAGUGUACUGGACGAGGAGGAAAGAUUUUCCUAGAGAUGCGGGACUCAGCAGUUGGCGAAGGAGCAGAGUCAGGACCUUGCCGAGACCAGGAGAAGAAAGAGAGCCCUUCAGGCUUAGGGGGAUCCUGAACAAACGGCCAGUGCAGGCUCUGGCCCGUGCAGCAUGUGGGCAGGAGCUAAUUUUAGAAGACCUUGCACUCAGAUCAGUCAUGGAGAUGGUGUGGCACCAUGCUUCCCUUUAUCAGAGGAGGGACUUGAUGAAAGCUGGGCUUCUGAAAGAUAAGUCCAGGGGCCUGUUUAGGGGUGACUGCUAGAAGGCCUCAGCAGGGCCUUGCUACAGUGCCUACGUGUGGAACAAGGAAGUCCUGAACCAGGUGGUGGCGGUGGGAAUUUUGAGCUUCUGAAGUCCCUGUCUAUGAAGAUGCUAACUCUGGGUUAAUCUAAGUUUAACAUAGAAAAUACAGUUAGCUCUAGAGUGGUUUUCCUAGUCAUGUCUAGGUGGAGCCUUCAGAAUAAUUGUAAAGCUCAAGCAUUAUUUUAUCUUACGAAGUAUUUUGAAAUAGAUAAGCACCAAAGACACUACAAAUACAAAACAUCACUUUUUACUUCCAGAUCUCAAGCACUCAGUUAAAUACCAUUUAAUUCACUAUCGCCAAUAUCAAACUCUAGAGCUUUCGUUUUUUGUGUAAAGUCUUGCUUUUGAGCAUUUGAAAACCUGAGCCUGGUAGCCUAGCUGAAUGUGUGAGGGGCUUUCUGGUCAGGAGCACACACACUAGGAGGCUGAGAGUAUCUGUAUCAGCUCCUUAACGUAACUGCAUUGUCUCCUCAGGAAUAUAAACAGAAGCUUGUUUUCUCUUUGUCCUUAACAUAACUCUUUGUCU